GCAACGUCAACCUUGCUGGUUCAAGGUCUUCCCGUCAGCGAUAUCACAACAUCCACCUCCUCAUUCGACAACACAUUGGAAUCACGCGACGUAUGCGAGGGUGAUGAGGAUCCUCUCCGAGGUGUCAACAUUGGCGGCUGGCUCGUCCUUGAACCCUGGAUGAACUGGGAGCUCACCGCAGGCACUGAUGCUGUUGAUCAAUGGUCAUUCGACCAAACCGAUGGUGCAGCAGCCAAACUGCAAUCUCACUGGGCAUCUUGGUUCAGCGAAGCAGACAUGGCACAAAUCGCCGCAUGGGGACUCAAUACUAUCCGCAUACCUAUUGGAUUCUGGGCCUUCAACAAUACUGGCAGUCCAUACAUUUCCGGUGCAGAUGCAUAUCUCGAACAAGCAUUGGGAUGGGCACGCAAGUACAACAUUCAAGCGUUGAUCUGCAUGCACGGCUUGCCAGGUUCGCAAAACGGUUUCGACAACUCUGGACACAGGGGUAAUGCCGACUGGGCGGAGAACCAGGAGAACCUUGCUGCUUCCACAUCCGUUCUCGAGAUGAUGGCUGCCAAGUACGGUACUUCUUCCUACAGCGACGUGGUCUGGGGCCUCGAACUGGUCAAUGAACCUAUCGUGUGGGAUGAAACCAGCGCCAGAUCAGCUCAAACAUGGGCCGUCGACACAGUAAAAGCUAUGCGCAGUCAUAUCACCAACCCUGACUUGAAGUUGGUUAUGCACGACGCCUUCUUGGGAGCGAAAGCUUGGGUACCCGUCGCUCAAUAUUACAAUGCUGAGGCAGAAAACUUUGUCCUGGAUGUUCAUCUUUACCAGAACCAAGGUGGUGACACUUCAUCUAUGAACCAGGAUCAACACAUCAACACCGUGUGCCAGUACCCCUCUACGCAAUUCCUCCCCGACUCUGAUCAGACGCCAGUCCUAGUUGGCGAGUUCAGCGAUCAAACCAACAUUUGCGUUGAUGCUUCUGGCAAUGUCACUGCUGGUACUUCCUGCUCAACAGCCGGAUGCCAGUGCUCAGCUCAACUCGAUCCCUCCCAAUGGAACAGCUACUUGGUCGCAGCGACAAGAAAGUUUAUGGAGGCCCAAUUGGACAUAUUCGAGGAGUACUCAAUGGGUUGGUUCCUAUGGAGUUAUACCGGACCUGGAGCUUGGGGCCUCGGCAACCUGUUCAAAGCAGGUGUUGUUGGUCCUAAUAAGAUUACAGACAGACAGUUCCCUGCUCAAUGUACGAGCAGCUGAACGGAGAAUUUCUCGACAUCUAAUAACGAAGUAAUGUAAUAUGCAUAUCAUGGCCAUAGAAUACAGCAUACGGCAC